AUGGGUGUCCACCCUUCUGACAGUGCAGUACAGAAGGCAUGGGUUGAAGUGCAGUGGUACUACAGCAGGAGUGAUAUAGGAGACAAAAACAUGAGAAAAUACGUUGGCAACAAUGAGCUGGUUCUAUCGGACCACAAUGACAUCAUCGAACCAGAGGCCAUCAUGUCUUGGAAGCUCAUGGAGAGCAUAGCACCAGCAGACAUCACAUCUUUCAGUGCAGAAAGGGCCCCUUCCAUGCUUGCUCUGUCUGUGAAAAACCAUAUAACCCAGACAAAGCUGAACAACGAAACUCGCAAAGGGAAGCACCAGACCCCUGGACAUCACAAAGGAAGUCCUAAAUGGGACAGGUCUCUCACUGCAGGAUAUUCAGAAAGAAAGGAAUUGGAAGAGGCCAGGGUGAUGAUCAGGAGGCUAAAUACUGCAUUGGUAGUGUCAGAUGCUGUGGUAGAACUGAAUAAAGAGCAGUGGUGGGAUCAUGCACCACACCAUAGCACCUGCCCCCUCUACAUGGAUUAUGACACUGAAAACACAUGUAGGCAUAAUAGGCAGAAUGCAUCUGUGGACAAAAGCAGCAAACUGGAUCCAAGUGACUUGGAUGGCCAUAAUUACAUCGGUAAAUGUGGGUGGGACAUGCUGAACAACAAGGAACAUGGUCUAGCAACAUAUAGAAAGGGGCAGGUGGUCAUACUCAGAUUUCUCAUAUACCAUCAGAGAAAGCAUUUGUCAGGUUGCUACAUCGUGGAUAGCCUUUCUGACACUGGUAAAGUUGGUUAA